CAGAUUUUAUGGCGGAAUCCGUGUUUCUGUAGCGAACGUUUGGCGUCCCGGCGAAAACAAUCUUCGAAAGCCGACUCGGGGAGGCAAAAUUAAUCAUCCGCCAUCAUGAAGCUAGUUAGAUUUCUGAUGAAACUCAGUCAUGAAACAGUGACAAUUGAACUUAAAAAUGGCACACAAGUCCAAGGCACCAUUACAGGUGUGGAUGUAGCAAUGAACACACACCUGAAAAGUGUGAAAAUGACUCUAAAGAACCAUGAACCAGUCAGCUAUGACACCCUCACCAUCCGAGGAAACAACAUUCGUUACUUCAUUUUGCCUGAGUCUUUGCCUCUUGAAAACUUGCUCAUUGAUGAUGGACCCAGAGCCAGAAGGGGCAGAUCAGAACGUGGACGUGGACCAGGAGGUCGUGGGCGAGGACGCGGUGGACGAGGACGUGGUCGAGGAGGACCCCGUGGCAGAGGCCGAGGAGGACCACGGCGUUAGAUACCUUGAUAAAUUUUUUCAAUGUGUUAUAUGUACAAAAAUUCUGAACCGAAUAAUUAAUUUUAUUUACCAUUUAGCGAAAGUGGAUAGUCUGUUUAUUUAUGGAGUCCUGUAUUAUGCAGCCUUCCCUGCGGAGUAAAUUUAAAUUGUCUGUAUGGAACAUUGUUAUUUUGUAAUUUUUUUUUUCUUUUCUUUUCUUUUAUGGAAAGUCAACCAGCAGAAACAUAUUAUUUUCUUAAAAAGUAAAAAAGUUGUGUUGCAAGGAAGAAUUUUAUAUGAAAGUAAUUUUUUGUGCUGCAAAGAAGAACUUUAUAUUAAAGUAAGGUUAUUUUUAUUGAUCAUCCCAGUCUUUGCAGAUAUAUUUCUACUCUUAUAGAAGAGGGAGCAGACAGUAUCUACUUCCAUACCUAAGUUCCAGUAACAUGAAUGUAACUGUAUUUCAUAAGAGUAAAUAGUUUAUAAGGUUU